ACCGGCUGGUGCCUCACACCGUGCGUUUGGUGUUCCACAGGGAUACGAACAAGGCCACCAUCUUUUUUUUUUUAAAUGUAAAUCAGCCUCCAAAUGUGUCUUUUUUUCCACUUGUCUGUUAUUGGGGCCCGGUGUAAAUAGUGCUGAUCUCCGGGCCGAGAUCAGCAACUUGUCUCCCAACCCUUUGUAUCAAUUUCAAAAGAAAGACCACAUGUAUUUAUCAAAGUAUACUUUGGAAAGCACAUCAUCUUUGUACAUACCAUAUGUAUGGAGUCUAGUAUUGUGGUUUCCGCUUUCUGUGUCACUGACAUGAGCGUCAUUUUGCGUAAAUGUCAUCAUGUAACAAUAAAGAUCAAUCAAAGUCCACACAAUGCGCCACCACCACUGCACCUACUGCAACUCCUGCUUGUGGAAAAUAACUCCCACACUUGUAAAAAAAAAAAAAAAAAAGUUGCUGCAGGGCGGCGGGGGAGGACCGGCGUCCUCUCCCCCUCCCUCUGCCAUCUUCAUCCCGACCACAACCACGACUGGUCAUUUGCGAGCACGCCCGGCCAUGAGCGAGAGGCCUCCAUCCAGCUCGGCGUCGCCGCCGCCUCUGCCGCCGCCGCAGCAGCGCGGGCCUCGGACGCCCAAGUGCUCCCGUUGCCGCAACCACGGCUACGUGUCGCACCUGAAGGGCCACAAGCGCUUCUGCAAGUGGAAGGACUGCCAUUGCGACAAGUGCAGGCUCAUCGCCGAGAGGCAAAGGGUCAUGGCGGCUCAGGUUGCCCUGAGGAGGCAGCAAGCUCAGGACGAGGAGUUGGGCUUUUGCAGCCCCGUAAAGCUGGCCGCCCCGCCGUCCUCGGUCAAAAUCGAAGACGAGCCCCACUACCUGUUCGCUGCCGAAGGACGACCCCUGACCCCGGCCGCCGAUUCUUCUGCUGCUGCUUCUUCUCUGCCGGCAGCCACAGGUGGGGCGGGCGGCGGCGGCAGGCCCCUCGGCGACCUCCGGGCCGAGCCGCAGUUGGAGAACCCCUACGAGCAUCUGUACCAGCCCCCCUGCUACUCGGCCUACUACGCCAACGCGUACAACUUCCAGCCGUACCAGGUGGCCCACGGCGACGGCGGCCACAACGCGUCCCCGCAGUACCACGUGCACCCGUGCUACUCGGCGGCCGCGUACCUCCCCCAGGACCCGGGCCCCUCCUUCUUCAGCCUGGAGGACGGCGACUGCUCCCAGGCCGCGGCCGCCCCCAUGUCAUCGGGCGGCGACCGGGACUCGGCGGCGUUCGGCCCCGCCGUCGUCGAGCCGGAGCUGGACGACGGAAGCGGCGGCUCCGACCGCCUCGUCGUCGACGAAGACGAGGGCAAAUGAACACGGGCGGCCGGUGACUUUGUGUCACUGCGAAUGAUUCGACGCUUGAUGCCUUUUUCGGAUCGCACGCGGUCGAGGUUGUGCGUGAAUAAUCCUCAGGCCUUGAAUUCUUUCACUGAUCCUCAACAAGCUCACAAUCUGUAGUCGGCCUUUCUCUUGUUGUUUUUUUUUUUUACUCUGACAAAUGAUUUUCUUCACAUCUGUGUUCUUCUUGUUCUGUUUUCUUCUCCGAUCACUCGAGUUUUCUUCUGCACGCGGGCACGCACACAAAUUGCCGUCUUGUUCGGCCGGUCCGCUUCUCGUGUUGCUUUUUCUUUGGCUUUGCGUCUGCGUUUUGGUCUGCUGCGACUUUGGCCCCAUUUUUGGCGGGUUCGUCACAGCGAGGCCGCCGGGGGCCUUUCCUUGUGUCGUUUUCUCCUCAAGUUUGGGGCUUGUCUUGGCCUUUCUUGUAUUCUUGCUGACUUUUCUUGCAGUGCUUUUUGGUUUGUUUUCUUCGGACUUUUCUUUGGCUUCUCUGGUUUCGUUCUUGUGCCGCUCAUUUUCUGCUCUGGGCUUUCUUCUCUCGUAUUUGCGUUCCAGUUUUGGCCGUUCCUCUAAGCCGUGUCAUUUUUUUUUCCCCCCUCAAAUGUAGUUUUCAUGUCACAAAUUUUGGUCUUUCCGUUGUGUGUUUUGCUUUCAUUUUGCGUUUGAUUUUUCUGUCGCUUUCUCGUUUGUGUUUUUCUACAUUUUCUUUCAUUCUUUCAUGUUUUCUUCUUUGGCUUUUUGCUCCGAUCGCUGUGUUUCCGUGGCCCAAAAUGGUUGCGUUUCCUUCUCGUUGGUUGUUGUCAUUGCAAGUCUGUUUUUUUUUUCCUGAUGUUGUUUCAUUUCUGCGUUGAUUUCUUUUCUCCAGGUCGUCGUCUUUUUCUGUUUCAUGCUCAAAUAAAGACUCACUCGUCAGAGUGUCCAAUCAA